AUGAAGAACGAUACGCAGGUUAAGAUCGACCAGGCUAAGCAUAAAGCUGUUGCAAAGGUAGAGAAGAUCUUUAAUGCCUUGAAAAAGACCAGUGUUGAUAAAAUCAGAAGGAAACUCAUAGAACUGAAAUAUCUUACUGAAUCCGAUGAGUCUCUGUGAAAUCCACAGACUGAUGUUAUUGAUCAUCUUGUAGAUCCUUCUAUGGAGACUAUUCCUGAGAAGAAUUCCAGCCCUGCAGAAAAGAAUUCAGUCGAGAAGGGAUAUAACAAAGUCACCAUGAGUGCAAGUAUGAGAACUACGAAGACAAAGAUGCAAAUGAAGAAUAGGAAAGAAAAAGAAGACAAAGCUGUGGCCAGGCCUAAGACAGCUCAUAAGCAAGAGAAGCCAAAAGAAGUUGACCAAGUUCUGAAGGCCUUCCUUGAAUCAUACAAGAAUGAAUUUGAGAAGAGGAAGAAGAACUACCUUGAACAGAAAGACAAGAAGGAAGACGUCUUUAGGGAGAUUGAACAACUGAAGACCUCUAAGAGGUUGAUAGAGAGUAAAAUGGUGAAGUCAAAGAUCUCAUCGAAGACCUCUCUCUUCCCUCUUAAUAUUGAAAUUGAAUUAACUUCCGCUAUUAUCAACGACCAGAAAGAGAUAGAUAAGAAGCAUAACUCUGAAAGUCUUGGGUUGAAAUACAAGGUAGAUAAUGGAAAACAAUAUUAUGACAGUAUGGUUGUAAACAACUUGACUCAUCCAGAAUGGACUAAUACAUUCCAACUCACUCUCAUGAAUGAGAAUGAACUGAUGUUUCAGCUCAUUCUUGAUGACAAGAAUUGUGAUACUCUUCAUGUUCUUGAUAGUUUUGAUAUCAGAGCUAAUGAGAUUGCUCAGAAUCUUAAAUCUACUAAGUUCUACAAGGAAACAGUUGUAACCAACAGUGGGAAUGAGUACGAGCUUCAAGUCAAAAAGAAGGGUGACGAUAAGUCAAAGUUGAAAUCAAUUCAGAAGAAGAUUGAUGCUAAAAAUGCAAUCUAUAAAAGACUCCUCAAGCUUCACACAACUGCUAAAGAAGAUAUGGAGAACUUGAUUACUAAGAAGGGUACUGAUUUGAUCAAAGAAUGGGGCAUUAUGAGCAAAAAGCCAAAGACUUUCCAAGAGUCUAAGUCCAAAAUAAUGAAAGAGGAGGAGAAAAAUUCUCCAUGUAGUCUUAACAAUAGUCCCUCAGGUGCUACUCACUCUUUUUCUAAAAGCCUCAAGACACCUACUAAAAAGGCAAGAUCAUCUGCACAGAAGAAUAGUGAGAUUGCUAGCCCAUUCGGGGCUCCAAUGGGACUAAAUAGUGACUUCUCUAAGACGACCAAGAAAUUACAUAAAAGGAAGAAGUCUGAAGAUAAAAAGUCAGAGAAGAACGGGGGAACCCAACAUAAUAUUGUAGCUGAACAUUCAGCUAAGCAUAUCAUGGUUGACCUUACUCAGACCAAGGGGUUAUGAUCAGAGUCUUUAAAGAAAGAUAGCCUUAAAAAGGGAAGAGCUGGAUUAGCAAAUAGCCUUAUUGGCUUCUCACUUGAUGACAUUAAGAAUGUUCAUAAAGUCAAAUCUGAAUAUAAUACAAAGACAAUGAGCAAGAACAGUCUUGGAAAAAUUUUCUCUUGUCUUGAUGGUUCUAGUACUGUGGGAGGAAUGGUUAACCAAGAGCUUUCCCAGAAAGAUGACAAUGAUGAUACUAAAUCAGUCUCAGGACUUUCAUUUAUGUCAGGAAGUGCAUUGUUCUCCCCAUUUGGAAAGAGCAUAUCCGGGAUGUCUCUCAACAACUUCAGUUUGGGAGGUUUGCAUUAAUGAAGAUAACCACUAAAAAGACAAAAAUUUUAACUCAAUAUUUUAUC